AAGCGCUAGACACACGCUGCCAAUACUUAUCCCAACCCAAUCUAUCUCAUCCCUCAAUCUCUUGAGCGUAUUCGGGCGCUUCUCUUGAAUCUUUGGCAGUCCAAAAAAGCCCACUACGAACACAAUGGAGUUGAUGACGGCAGCUAUGUGGAAACCCCACCUCCAACCAAUAGAGUUGGUGAGCACACCUCCGACGAUUAAUCCGGUCGAGAAUCCAAUAGACAAAAGGAGAUGGCUACACCAGCCAAGGCACGGAAGACGAUCAUUUGCGUGGGUGUCUGGGCUAGACCGCAUGCUAGAGUAAACCCAGAUUGCAGAACGCAUCCUGUAAGAAGAAGCGUGCAACCGCAUGCGAGCGCAUACACGGAAAUUGGCCUGAA